AUGAGUACUCUUUAUGUACCAACAGUAAAAACUGAAGUUGUUCGUCCAAUUGCUUGUAAAAAUACUUCUGAACUUCUCAAAAUGGUUGACAGUUGUACUUCUGCUAGUCUUGCAAGUUAUUCUCUUAUUGAAGACUAUACUCAACGCAGACCAGUUGUUGUUGAACGACCUGAAGAUCCAAUUGCUAACGAAUUAACCAAUGAAGAAAAUGAUAAUGGCAGUAAUGAUAGUGAACAAAAUGAAGAAGAACAAAAAAAUGUUAUUAUUCAACAAAGCCCAACUGCGAUGGACAUGAACGAUGGAUGUUUUGAUUAUCCAUUUUGA